AGGAGGGGAAUCAAAGCAGCAAACGAGAAGAAAAUGACAGAGCUGCAGGUUUUUACAGAAGUUCUGAGGUUCCUGAAGGACGAUGCUCUGAAAACCAUCAGAUCUCAUCCAGAAGGAGGAGAGUUCACAGCAUCUGACUUCACCUGGGUGCUGACUGUUCCUGACACCUGGAAGGAUUCCACUAAAGAGCUCAUAAUAAAAUCUGCAGUUCAGGCUGGUCUUGUAACAGACGCCACUAAAGACAAACUGAUGUUUGUUCUGGAGUCAGAAGCAGCUUUGACCUGGUGUUUGAAGCUUCAACCUGAUGGUUUCAUCACACAGAACCACAGCAGAGACUCACAGGAUCAACCUGCAGGAGCAGCAGAACCUGGUACCAGCUGGAACGGUACUGAGUGGAUCUGUAACGUCUGGCAGACAAACAUUUAACAGGUUUUAGUCUGUUUGUAGGAUAUGUGUGAUAUAUGAAUG